AUGAUACAGCUGACAGUGGAAGAUACUCGUCUGAAUUCUUUUCUCCAUGCAUGGGAUGUAAUAGACUACCAGCCAUUUGAUCAGAAUGACGUGUCACUAUAUGAAAAAGAACAAUUCAUUUUUGAAGGCUGGGGUGUUUCUUCUGCACAGGAUGAAGACGAAGCCUUCAAUUUGUGCUCACCUAAAUGGAAAUGCAAAUAUCUUAAUAGUGGCACCAUUACAAUAUCAUCGGCAUUAGAUGUCAAGUUGACAGAAUAUAAACAGAGGUCAAAUAACGACCCACAAUCCAAACACAGCGUAUUAGGUAAUCAUUUACUAAAAAGCACCAGUGAGCUAGCAAAGAACAAGCUUAAACCAUCAACUGCAUCACCUGGACUUUCUACAUCAAAAUGUGCUUCAGUAGGUAAUGAAAGUGUCAUGGCUGCAGAAAACAGCAAAACAAUAAGGAAGCUAAUAUAUAUAAUGAAGAACAAUUCAUCCAACAGCUAUAAGAUGAGUAAUGAUUGUGACACAAAGCAUAACAAAUAUAUAGAGACUAAAGAGAAGACUAUUAAAGCCUUACUUUCUCCUUUGUGUAUUAUCCAUAAUAACAAAAUAAGAAGCAUUGGGGACAAGGAAGUAGCAGAAGACUGUCAGAAGAAAGAGACAAUCUCUAUAACUCCAUCUGAUAUUAUGAUCCAGACAAAUGUUGAUGGCAAUGUUCAAACAUGUAUCACCAAGCUUUCUGAAGAAACCAAAUUACUGUUAAAUGAUGCUACGACAAGGAAAGGCGAAGAGCUUGAACUAAAGGAGCCAAGAUGUGAUUUAAAUCAUCAUCCUCCCCCCUGUUCUACAUCUACAGUGUCUGUGAUACAAAGAACUUGUGAUUCAGGCAAAGAGAAAUGUGCAUGCUAUGCAAGUACAGAGAAGAUCUCAAAAGUAAGAAUGCGUGAAUUAAAGUCUGGAAUAGUGAGAAUAUUUCCUCUUUCAGGAAAGGAAAAUACUUUUCAGAGACAGGACUUUUGGGGAUUUCCUGCCUUUCUUCCUCAUAAUUUGAAAACAUCAUUCCAUUUCCAUAAUUCUUCACAUUCAAGAACCCAGAAAAGCGGCAAGAGAAAUCAAUCAGCAACAAACCAGGUUUCUAAUCAUCAAGACCAAAGAAAGCAACUAUCUGGCAUGAACCAAGCUGGAAGCCAAGCCACUUUGGCAAUGCUGAAUGCAAUUAGAAAUAGGCUGCAACAGAAUAAUGCAAAAGUCAUGCUUGGGCGGAAACAAAAGCCACUGGGCAUGAUGCUUCAGCGCACAUUGAGUAACCACAACCAGGAGGGUGAAUAGGAAGAAGGCCUGGAAUUUGGAGAGGCAUCAUUGAAGAAAAUGUUGUGAAACGCGCACUGUAUUACACCGACAUUAUCCCGGAAAUGGCUUCCCAAUCACUGCAUUGUUUGUUAAGACUUUACAAAUGCUGACUCUUAUAUAACAUAAACUAUUCACAUUGUGGGCCUACU